GCUAGCGUUGGAUGACGCCAUUCGACACAAGCAGCUGAACAUAUCAUCCCGUUUUUCACCCAGGGUGGCAGGGGAGAAUGAUUUCCUUCAGACUGUUAUAAACAAAGUGAUUGCUGCUAAAGAAGUCAACCACAAGGGUCAGGGUUUGUGGGUGACUCUGAAACUUCUUCCAGGAGAUAUCCAUCAGAUUAGAAAAGAGUUUCCACACUUAGUGGAUAGGUCAACAGCUGUGGCUCGGAAAAUGGGCUUUCCUGAGAUUAUCAUGCCUGGUGAUGUUCGUAAUGACAUCUAUGUCACCUUGGUUCAGGGAGACUUUGACAAAGGCAGUAAAACAACAGCAAAGAAUGUGGAAGUUACAGUGUCAGUUUAUGAUGAAGAUGGCAAGAGAUUAGAGAGUGUUAUUUUCCCUGGUGCUGGGGACGAAGCCAUCUCAGAGUACAAGUCAGUGAUCUAUUACCAAGUGAAGCAGCCUCGCUGGUUUGAGACUGUGAAGGUUGCAAUCCCCAUCGAAGAUGUGAACCGCAGUCAUUUGAGGUUCACCUUCCGUCACAGAUCAUCACAGGACUCCAAAGAUAAAUCUGAGAAAAUCUUUGCCUUGGCAUUUGUGAAGCUCAUGAGAUACGACGGAACAACUUUGAGAGAUGGAGAACAUGACCUUAUAGUAUACAAGGCAGAAGCAAAGAAGCUGGAGGAUGCCUCGACCUAUCUGAGUCUGCCAUCGACUAAAAUAGAGCUCGAGGAGAAGGGACACUCAGCCACAGGGAAGAGCAUGCAGAACCUUGGAAGCUGCACCAUCAGCAAAGACUCUUUCCAGAUCUCUACUCUGGUUUGUUCAACAAAACUUACCCAGAAUGGUGAGUUCAUAGAAGUGCUGGAGCAUCUGCUCCUCACAGCAGGAGUUGGGUCCUGGGCACUGAUUUUCCUGCCUUCUCUAUCCUGGAUUGUGGUUGUUUGCCGUGAAGUCUUGGAUUCAAUUGUCUGGAUGCAGCAAAAGCAUUUCCUGAGCUUGUGA